CAGAAUUUACAGCGAGGACACUCACAUGGCGGGAGCGGGAAGUGGGAGUAUCUCAUAACAACACUAACAGGACGCAGCGCAGUUUAGUGGUUCAUUUUAAUUGAGCGGGGCCGCUAUUUCUGUAGUGUGUUGAAAGAAUAAAUUAAAAGUGAAUCAAAAUUUAAGAUGACAUUAAAGCAACUUUAGCUGCACGACCUUAAAGAACCAAAAAACUAACAGUUCGUAACGCACGACGACGCGUGUUGGGAUGGAUCCGCAGACGCAGGUAGUUGGCAAAAUUCCACCAAAGACUGAGUGCUGGAUAAACAAGCGUCGCAAGCCUGAGUGUGAGAGCGCACUUUGACUGAGGCGAUUUCAAGACCACAAGUGAAGUAAUGGAAAGCAUGGCGGAGCGGAGACUGCCGCGGUGGAUGUCAGGGGAAAGGAGACAGGACAAGAAGUUCACACAGGCUCAACAAGGGUUACGCAAAAAGAAUGUAAUUGAGGAUGGUCUGCCAUACCUGGAGUUCGCUGGCACUGUUAUCUACAGCCGUGAGAAAAACGACUGCUCAUUUUUGACUGAGGAUUUAAGGUCCAGUCUCACACCUGGGUCUGCAGUGGGGUUUGAUAUGGAAUGGCCACCGAGCUUUGCUAAGGGGGAAACAAAGAAAGUUGCCUUGAUCCAGCUCUGUGUUUCUGAGGAUAAAUGUUACCUCUUUCACAUCUCCUCCAUGUCAGGGUUUCCUUCAGGUCUGAAGAUGUUACUACAGGAUGAGAACAUUAGAAAGGUUGGGAUUGGCAUCGAAGGAGACAUGUGGAAGCUGUUAAGUGACUUUGAUGUCAAACUAAACAACUUUUUGGAGCUUACAAAUUUGGCAAAUGAAAAACUCAGGUGUGUGGAGCAAUGGAGUCUGGAUGGCCUAGUGAAACAUUUGUUCAACAAGCAGCUCAAGAAAGACAAGGAUGUUCGCUGCAGCCAAUGGAAUGAUUUCAGUCUUACAGAGGACCAAAAAAGAUAUGCUGCCACAGAUGCUUAUGCUGGACUGAUCAUUUACAACAGGCUGGAGAAUAUGAAUAUGGAAAGCAGUGUUCCACAAAGUGGAAUCAAAGGGAAGUUGCUUCACAUGGCCAGCGAGCUGGAGGCACUUGCAGGCUGCAUUCCCGAGGGAGCAUGCAGAAUUUCUGGCCUUGCUGAACUUGUAGAAGACAUGACUGUUAAGGUGGGAACGUUAAGACAUUCCUUGAUGGCGUAUAAACAUAAGCAAUGCACCACCAAUGUGGUAGUUGACAGACAAAAUUUGUCAGAAAAGAAGACGCUGAUACCUCACAGCACAGCUGCCAUCCAUCAGGGAUCAUCUGACAGUGAAGAUGUGGAUCACUCAAGCACAGAUCUCAUGGUUCCUGGUGGAGUUUCUGAUGUUGUAGAAGAAGUUACCAAGAUCAAGGACUAUAACACGAACCUCAGAAAGUGCAUUAUGUCUCUUGAUAUAUCUGAAUAUGAACUUCAGAUGUUGGAGAUGCAAGCAAGACAAGAGGAUCUUGUGGAGCAAUCUACUUUGGAGUUCCAGGAUCAACAGACCUUAAAUAAUUCCUCUGAUAUUUCCUGUAUAAUUGAAAGUGAUGAAGAACUGGACAAUGAAAUGCUUCAGUAUGUUGAAGAGUUGGAGAAGUCUAGCUCCCAGGACCAAAAGCUGCAACACUCCAACAGCAAGGCACUGCAAGGUCAUUCCGGAUUAGUGGAGGAUGAGGAAGAAGAUGAGGGCAUAGAGGAGGAGGCUGAGCAAGAGUUAGAUCCUUCAAUACCAGUACCAAACUCAGAAGAGAUUAAAUGCUUGAAAAAGUAUUUUGGCCAUUCCAGUUUCAAACCUGUACAGUGGAAAGUCAUUUACUCUGUUCUGAAUGAAAGAAGAGAUAAUCUUGUUGUCAUGGCAACAGGCUAUGGGAAGAGCUUGUGCUUCCAGUUCCCACCAGUGUACUGUGGGGGGAUCAGUGUUGUCAUCUCCCCACUGAUUGCACUCAUGGAGGACCAGGUGCUGCAGCUCAGAAUGUCAAACAUUCCAGCUUGUUUCCUUGGGUCAGCUCAGAAUGAAAACAUUUUGGCUAAUGUAAAACAGGGUCACUACAGAGUUGUAUACAUGACCCCAGAGUUCUGUACAGGCACAAUAUGGCUGCUGGAGCAGCUCAAUAACAGCGUUGGACUAUCACUGGUAGCAAUAGAUGAGGCCCACUGCAUUUCAGAGUGGGGACAUGACUUCAGAGGUGCAUACAGGAACCUUGGUAACCUGAGGAGGACUCUUGGCAAGGUUCCUAUAUUGGCAUUGACAGCCACUGCCAGUCCAUCUGUGCGGGAGGACAUUGUGAAAAGCUUGAAGCUAAUCAAUCCUGUAGUGACCUGCACCUCCUUUGACAGGCCCAACAUUUUCCUAGACGUACACUAUAAGUCAGGCAAUGCCCUGCAGGACUUGAAGCAGUUCCUGGUCAAGAAGGGUGGUCUGGGGGAAGAGUAUGAAUUUGAAGGCCCUACCAUUGUAUACUGUCCAUCGAGGAAGGAAGCGGAGCGUGUAUCUGCUGAGCUCUACAAGUUGGGCAUCUUGUGUGGUGUGUACCAUGCUGGACUGGGCGUUAAGCAAAGGAGGGAAACUCAGCAUCGCUUCAUGAGGGACGAGAUCCAGUGCAUGGUUGCCACGGUAGCAUUUGGGAUGGGAAUAAACAAGGCAGAUAUCCGGAAGGUUAUCCAUUAUGGAGCACCCAAAGAAAUGGAAUCUUACUACCAGGAGAUUGGACGUGCCGGGAGAGACGGACUUCCCAGUGCAUGCCAUGUUUUAUGGGCUUCGGGGGACAUGGUAUUAAACAGGUUUCUCCUCAACAAAGUGAGGAAUGAUCGCUUCCGUGGAUACAAGAUAAAAAUGAUGGCCAAGAUGGAGCAGUAUCUCAAGUCUCAGAGAUGCAGGAGGAAAAUAAUACUCUCUCACUUUGAAGAUAAGCAACUGAGGAAAGCCACCUCAGGAAUCAUAGGAACCAGUGAUUGCUGCGACAACUGUCGGUCUGGAGCAAUGCUGAGCUACGGCAGAGAGGAUUCAGAGCCAGUGCUGCAGGAUUUUGGUAAGGAGGCCUAUCAGCUGAUGACUGCCGUCAGCGUCUUGGACGAGAGAUUUGGCAUCACCGUGCCCAUUCUUUUCCUGCGUGGCUCUGGCUCCCAGAGGCUCCCAGACCUCUAUCGCAAGCAUACCUUGUUUGGGGCUGGAAGGAGUGUGUCUGAGGCCUGGUGGAAGGCGCUGGCCCGAAAGCUCAUUGGUGAGGAGUACCUGACGGAGAGCAUGGGCCAAAGCAGGUUUGCCACCCUAUGCAAGCUCACCCCCAAGGGGAGGAAGUGGCUGAGCAAAUCGAAGUGCGAGACACAAUGUAGUCUUUUUCUCCAGCCUGACAGUGAUCUGACCACCAGGAUCCAGGUAUCCAGACCAGUCCACACCAGAUCUAAUUUUGUCUCUCCUCGGAAACCUCAGUCAGGUCUCCAUACUACACCAGCAAGUGGGAAAGUCCCCAUGACUGUUGGCACUUUAUCUACCAGGGUACAGCCUCUCCUUCCUGGAUCCCUUUUGAAAGAAACCAUUGCUGUCUCUCCCAGGGAGCUGGAACUACAGGAAGAACUCUAUGCCAAGCUAGUGACUGGUCGCCAGAAACUAGCCAGUGAGAAAGACAUUCCACCAGCCAUACUGGCCACUAACAAAAUCCUACUUGACAUGGCGAAAUUCAAGCCUUGCACAGUGACCAGCCUAAGGCAGGUUGAAGGUGUCUCAGAAGCUAAGUCCCGCAUGCUGGAACCACUGCUCCAAAUCAUCACUGAGUUCUGCCAUACCCAUGGCCUACAGGCCAAGGUGACCUCCAGUUCAACAUCUCUGUGCACAGAAAGAACUGGACUAGUGGUGAGCGCUACAUCUCUGCCAGACAGUGUUGCUGUAACCUACAGAUUGUUCCAGGAGGAAGGAAAGAGCUUGAGACAGGUGUGUGACCAGCGCAGCCUGCCCCUGGCUGUGGUGGAAUCUCACCUUCUGCAGUCUUUCAGGGCUGGAUGCCCACUGGACACAGAGAGGGCAGGCCUGUCUGCGCUAAAUCGUGCCACCAUCACCCGUAUCAUCACUUCCCACCCAAUCAACUCAGAUCUCAGCAAUAUGAAGGCCAUUCGAGCCCUGGUGCCUGAAGACAUAAGUAGCUUCAUCAUCCAGCUGACUGUGGCAGAACUGCAGAAGACAGGAGUCCCCACCCUUCCUCCCUCUACUGCUCCUGCUGCCCACGAGGCUGCACCUCCAGUGGUGAAGAAGGAAUUCACCUGGAUCGAGCUAGAGAACAAACCAAUGAGGAAUGAAAAGGGACUAUCCUCGUUCAAGAAGUCAACGGCAAAGUCGGACCUUGAAGGGCUCCCUUUGAGUGACGACGAGCUCUUCAGUGAAAUUUCCAUGCCUGAGGAAUCAGGUCCUGACAGGUUGGAGGAUGUUUCUACUGCCAAAACUUUGCAUUCCAAAGCCAUGGAGCUGGCAUCCUGGAACCAGCUACAACUGGACCGGGACACCCAGGCGCUGUUCUUUGACUCCUCUCCAAAGAAUCAGGACCCCAAAAGUAGUGCUGUGCUUCGGGGUUUAAAGGAAUCAGGAUCUAAAGCUAAUGCAGAGCCUUGCAGUUCAGACAGUGUUUCUGCUUCCAAUACUUUUUGCACCAAGGGCACUGGGUCAGCAUCCAGAAAUCAACCACACCUAGAUCAGGACACUCAGCAGCAGACCUCUGUUCUUUCAACAAAGACUGUCAGUCAACCUGUGAAAAGAAAGUUACCGGAAUGGUCAUCACCCACGGUGCCCGUAUCCUCGGCCACGGAUUCAAAAAAAACCAAGAAGAAAAAAGGACUUUUCAUGUAACGUGUCAUUGUGAGGGAUUGGCAGAGGAGAUGUUAAAAUAAUAUGGUAAGAAAAGUACAACAUGUAGAACAGUAAAAGUAUUAACGUAGAAGACAAAUUAAGGAAAGCAC